AUGCAUAGACGCAAAGCGUUGACUGAAAACCAAAUGUUAGACCUUCUGAAAGAGUUUUCAGAUCUCGACGAUGAAUCGGUAGGUGAUGAAAUCGAUUCAGUGGAAUUUACUAGUAAGAAGCGAAUUGAAGAUGAGGCUCAAAAUUACGACACCAGCACUGAGGAAAAUGUGGAGGAACGUGAUUUGAGUCCAAUAAAUGAACUUCCACCAGCUGUUCGUGAACACGUUACGACUUUUUCAACACCGUCCUCAACAAAGAGCGAAGAAAAUGUUGCACAAAAUUCAUAUUUCUCCGUCAGAGUAUGGCGUUCAAUAGCAGGUGAGAGAGUAAGUACACCAAUAGAAGCAGCAGAAGGAAACGAUGAUUUGGCAAAUAUUACUGAGAAAAUCGAUGUUCAGUGGCGCCAUUCCCGCAGUAAUGAACGAAUUGCUGAUUUUUUGUUUUUUCCGCCUGUACAAUUGCCUACAGCAGUCAAAAGUGAAUACGAAUAUUUUCAAAAAUAUCUACCGCCCCAAUUUUUUGAAGAUGUUUCCAAUUUCACUAAUCUGUAUAGUGUGCAGAAAGAAUCAAAUUUUCAGCAAACUAGUCCAAGAGAAAUUCGGCUAUUCGCUUUACAUUGUAUGAUGGGUAUAUUGAAGAUUCCGCGGGUAGCAAUGUUCUGGGAGAAAGGUACAGCAUUGCCAAUUUUCACUAGUAAUAUGACACGAAAUCGUUUUUAUGUGCUACGAACACAUUUGCAUUUAGUGGAUACUUGUCUGCCCCCAAAAAACAAUGACAAAUUUCAUCGAGUGAGACCAAUUAUGGAUGCGAUUCGGAGACGAUUAUUGGAGAACCAGUUGGGGGAAACCCUUUGCGUUGACGAACAGAUUAUACCAUUUACAGGGCGCCUGGGAAUGAAGCAGUAUAUACGUGGUAAACCUUGUCCAUGGGGAAUAAAACUCUAUGUGCUUUGUGGAAAAAGUGGAAUGCCGUAUGAUUUCAUUGCUUAUCAGGGCUCAUCCACUGAAAUUGAACCAAGCCUUAUCAACAAACUUGGUUUUGGUGCUUCCAUCACAUUACAGCUGCGAAAAAGAGUGCCCCAAGAUUCAACUGGUCACCAAGUUUACACAGAUAAUUUCUUCACCACGUAUUCUUCUAUUUUGGAUAAAAAGGAAAAUUCUAGCAGCUGGCACAAUUCGUAUAAAUCGCUUUCGGAACCCACCUCUCUCCACAGAUGCUGUAAUGCGAAAGAAAGCUCGCGGCUGUGCUGA